AUGAAGGAAUUGACGCAGAGCACAGAGAUCUUCGAAAUAACACCCAAGCAAUCUAUUCCCAGAAUGAGGCAGCUCGCCGAAAACGAAACAGACGAGGAGACCAUCAAGAAGCUGACAGCACAAGACGUGCCCACAAACAUCUAUUUCCAUGUCUCUUGCAGAUCAUACAAUGGAGGAGUGCCCAUCAACGCGACUGUUGUGGUCCUUGUGAAUGACUAUCCUCAUUUCGCUGCGUUCUCGAGAGGCCUUCGGACUCAAUAUGGUCAAUUGCCGGGGAUGGUUCUCCUCCGAAGACAAAAUCCCAGACACUGGUUAUUCCAAAGCGAGAUUGGAGGAGUAGACAUGCACUCUCAUGCGCCAGGUGGUGGUCAGGCAUUUGCUAAACAUUGCAGGCCGGAAGAUGCAGAGCAAACGUACCUGGGGUUUCUUGACUUCAUGGCGUGGAAAGCGAAAACUGAUGUCGAGCAGGCGGUCCAGGCAGCCAAGAAGAGACUUGCGCUUGCCAAAGCGAUGCGCAAGGGAGUGGCGGAGUACACGGCGGAAGGCAAGAAGAGAGAGUUCCCGGAGUUCCACGUUCCCAAUGCUGUCAAUGUGCAUGGGUAUGUGGAUAUAUUCUUCUGA